GGCAUUUGUGAGCAUCAGGGAGUCCGCCGUGAGACUGCUGGAUGGAAGGUUAAGCUGACGACAAAAUUGAUUGAUGUAGGCGGGUGGAAUGGAAAAUCCCGGGCAGCGCGAUCCGGACUGGGAGCGGCGGAUUGUGAGCGGCAGUGAUUUGGCUCUGGCCAAUCGAGUGGAGAGGGGAGCAGGAGGAGGACGGGGGGAGGAGUUGGCGCCCGCAGGGUUAGGAUUGUCGGACGUUGCGGUGUUCGGCGUCUAUUAUCUCCUUCGUCUCUUUGAUCUUGUCCGCCAUAGCCAGCUAUCGUCUUCAUUGCCUUCGGUCGUCGCCGUAAUAGCUGUGGCUAUCUGUGGCACAGUGGCUGUCUCUGUCGCCUUCGCAGCCAUAGCUGCCCUCGCCAUAGCCGUGGUCGCCAUCGCCAUCGCCGUCGUUGUUGUUGCCAUUGCCGCGUCCGCCAUAGCCAUGAGCUCCGCAGCUCAACAAAGACGUCAACAUUUAGCGACGAUGGCUGCGAGUUAUUCUCCCCUGUCUGCGUUUCUGAACAAGGAGGUGCCGGGUUGGGAUGAUGACGUCAUCAGCAAUGCGAGGUUCAAAGCAUUCGGAUCACGGACUGAUGAGGGUUGGAAAGAAAGGAUGGAAUUUUGGAUGGCUCUCAUCAUCCGGGGGGCGCGGCAUCUCGGUCUUGUGGUAAUCAACGCUGAAGAGGUCAAGAAAACGUGGUUUUUAAGGAAGGGGCUGACGCCCUUAGGGCUCGAUGAUGUUCUGGAAAGAGUCGAAGACGUGCUGCAAAACCUUCAAUUGAUCGAUGGAUCGACUGUGCCAUCAGAUUGCAUCGUAACAAUGGAGAAAUUCGUUAAGGCUUGUGGAAGCUAUGAGGAGGCCAACCUUGUCCUUUCUUAUCUGAUUCUUGACAGGAAAGCGCAGCGGUUUACUGCACAGGGCAGGGAUUCCAUCGAGGGCCUAAAGUUCACAGUAAGGGCAGCGAAAAAUGGCGCUGUCUCGGAGAAUGAUAGGCGUAUACUUGUACUCCAUCACACAGCCUCUCUUCUGCAGCAUCGAUAUGAUAAUCUUGGUCAGAGAGCAGAAGAGUCAAGGCUAGCUGCAUCUGCUGCAGCGAAAGUGAAAGACAAAGUUGCUGCUCUCAGGCAUUUGAGACGGUAUAAGUCCCUUGCUUCCAACCGGGAGAGUUGUUUACGGUUUCUGGAGAAGAUUGAGCAUGUCUUAGGCGUAAUAUCAGAAGCAGAGACGUCAAAGCAGGACGUGUAUUCUGUGAGAGUAAAGCCUCGCACGUAUUCUGCAGGCAUGCCUGCAAUGCCAGACGAGGAACUGGACGCCUUGGAAGAGGAGUUUGCACAGUUAGAGGCGCAGUUGAUGCCUCAUCGCAAGGAGACUGUGGUUGGCGAGGAAAAGCCUGAACAACCAACAGCAGCAUUGUCGGUUAUGGAAGACGCCGUUGAGCAGAAGAGCACCGCUGCAGCGAUUACCAAGGAGUUUGAGGAGAAGCGAGCUAGGCCUGCGCCGCAACAUACAUCGAGUGUGGAGGUAGAUGAUGUGCAAAACAAACGCAUCCCAGCUUUAGCAUGAAGCAAUCCAAAAGCAAUGAUGUUGGUGGAAUGGUGAGUACUCUGGAGUGUUCCUUUGAAAACAAACCUGACAAAAAGAU